AUGGCUACGGCGAAGGUGGAGCUGGAGAGGAAGCUCGAGGGAACUGAGCGAGCUAUCCUGUACGAGCACAAGAAGGGAUUCCUCAAGGAAGCUCGUCAAGCGAGGCUACUUGCGUCGGGGGUCGACCUCUCCGCUAUGCAUGUGGAGAAAGAGGUGCGCCUUGGGAAGCUGGUGAAAGAGGACGACCUCCCGGACAACUCAAGACAUGAAAGCAUUCCUGGAAACAAGAGUUCAGAAGAUUCAUCCAGUCACUUAAGUGAAGCCUCAAAAGAUCAAGAUAAAGGUGAAAUUGCACCAAAGAAGAAGCCUUUUUGGAGUAACUGGGCUGCUAUUGGUGAUGUUUUCAAGGCUUCUAUACCCAAACAACCUAAAACUAGCUCUUCCAAAAGUGAAAAGCAACCUGAAAUUGACCUUCCUGAUGAGAAACAGCAAGAGCAAAUAGAGGUUAAAAUCCAUGAAGCUGACACAGAACCAGCAGAAGUUGUUGCUACUGAAAGCACACCACUUAUUUCGACAACUGUAGCAUCAAGUAAUAAGACAUUGGAAAUUCUUAAAAGCAUUGUGUACGGUGGUUUGCUUGAAUCGUUGGCAAGUCUUAGUGUUGUGACAUCUGCAGCGAGUGCUGACGCUACCACAUGUAUGUUCCACAUUUUACAUUUCAUUCCACAUUCUUCUUUUUCUUUUUAAAAUAUUGCUAUUUUG